AUGGUCACCAACCAGGGCCACGCUGAAGCAAGAGGACCAGGGGGAGGCAAGAUCACCAGAGGUUCUUGGAGGUCUGGUGCUGAGGGUCGAUUGAUCGAUGGGGCAGCCCGAUCAGGCAAGGCCGCCGGGAGCGUGUGCGUGUGUGUGGUUGCGGUGCUCCUCCUCGCCGUGCUCGCCGGAGGCGGGUGCCUGGUGCUCUACGUGACGCUGCCGCCGGCCGAGGUGCCGCAAUUGCUUCCCAUUGCCGGACUCGCGCUCGUCGCGCUCCCCUGGGCGUUCUGGAUCGCCACGUGCGCCUACAGUUGCUGCUGCUCGCGUUCGUCGCCUCCGGCUCAGGCGGCGGGGGCCGUGGAGCGGCAGCCUUCCAGGUCGGCCGCGGUGGUACCGCUGCCGAGCAGCACGAACAUCAAGAGCGCGCUUAGAGCAUCUCCAGCCGUUGAGCCCCUCAGGAGGCUUUUUGUUCGCCGCUUGGGGGGCUGCCAGCGGAAAUUUUGACCUGGGGACGAAAAUGUUUUCAGCCGUGUUCACCCCCAAACCGUGCCCAGACCGCGCCCGCCCCAGGCCACGGCCGGCCCGGCCUCGCCGCCGAGCUCGCUCCUCCGCAUGAGGGUUCGCUGGCCACCUUCAUUCCUGUGCGUACAAGUACUCGUGCCCAGCUAGCUAGCUAGCAAAGCAGAGCCAAUUGAUUCGGCUGUGUGCGCGCUUGCUAGCUAGCUAGCUUGGCUCGUUUGACACAGGCGGCCAGCCACACCUGCGGCGUCCACGCGAACGGCCGGUCACCUCGAGCAUGCUCCGACCGCGCCUCUUCGUUUCUCCACCGCGUGCCCUGCAUCUUCGGCCCCAGCGUCGGCGCGCCCGCUUUGUCCUGCGCCUACAUCGACCCCGACUCCGCGCAGGUC